CAAACUGAAAGAGCAGUUGCAUCCUGCCUGCUUGGAAAUCCUGAAGAGGUGUUUGGAUCAUGUAGUCUACUGAGAAGAUGGAGCCUGAGAAAGCCUUCACCCAGAGCAGCUUCUUCAGCAAGGUGGAUGUGCCCGACCACGCUCACUAUAUUGUUGCUCUGUUCGUCUUCAUCAUCGGGGCACUGGGCAUCACUGGGAAUGUCCUGGUCAUGUUUGCUUUCUACAGCAACAAAAAGCUUCGCAAACUGCCCAACUACUUCAUCAUGAACUUGGCAGUCAGUGACUUCCUCAUGGCUUUUACCCAGUCUCCAAUCUUUUUUAUCAAUUGCCUCUACAAGGAAUGGAUGUUUGGAGCAAUGGGAUGUAAGAUAUAUGCUUUCCUUGGUGCCCUGUUUGGCAUUUCAUCCAUGAUUAACCUACUGGCCAUCUCAAUUGAACGGUAUCUGGUUAUCGCCAGGCCACUGCAGACUAUUCACUGGAGCUCCAAACGAAGGACUGUCUUUGCCAUCUUUCUUGUCUGGCUUUAUUCUUUGGCUUGGAGUUUGGCUCCUCUUGUUGGCUGGAGCUCCUAUAUUCCUGAGGGCCUGAUGACAUCUUGCACAUGGGAUUAUGUAACAUACACAGCAGCUAACAGGAGCUAUACAAUGAUGCUUUGUGUCUUCGUCUUCUUUAUUCCCCUGGGAAUUAUUCUAUUCUGCUACCUACGAAUGUUCUUGUCCAUCAGACAAACUAGCAGGGAGUUAGAACGUCUGGGACCCAAGGUGAGAAAAAGCACUCUAAUCCAACAAAAGUCCAUCAGGAGUGAGUGGAAAUUGGCAAAGAUAGCCUUUGUUGUCAUCAUUGUUUACGUCCUCUCUUGGUCGCCAUAUGCCUGUGUUACACUAAUUUCCUGGGCUGGUUAUGCCAAUAUUUUGUCACCAUAUUCCAAGUCUGUUCCUGCAGUCAUAGCAAAAGCCUCAACUAUCUACAAUCCCAUCAUCUAUGCUAUGAUACACAACAAGUACAGGAUGACCCUGGCAGAAAAGUUUCCAUGUCUUUGGUUCCUGUCUCCUGCUCCCCGAAAGGAAUGCCACUCCUUCUCCAUCAGUGACUCUUCUUUUAGAGACUCCUUCAUCAGCAGACAGUCCACAGUUUCGAGCACUCACUUUAUUGGUGCCUCAACUAACCGCAUUGACAUGAUAUUGAAAGAUGUGGAAACGGAACGAUUGGGUGGAAAAUCAGGACAUUCUUUCAGAAGCAUACCAUCAUACCAACAGUCCUACAGAGGGAGGUCCUGCAAAAGACAGACUGAGCAGAAGACAAUCACUGCUCACCCACCAGAGAAGCAUCCAUCUGCCAUGAGCGACCCACUGAACAUCGGUGACCAUGAACUGGUUUCCAACUCUAUGACGAUUGCUACUCUCCCAUUGCUAGUUAUUACCAGGCGGCGCAGCGAGAGUCUAAGCAGUGAGAUUUCUGAUGCACACGAAAAGAAAAGCAGCACCAGCGACAGACUAAACAGUUACAAAAGCAACUCUUUCGAUUCCCUGAAUUUGGGGAAAAUGCAAAUUGCUGAUCCCAAGUCGCCCCAGACUGUCCCACGCAUAAUCGUCAUCAGUCCGACCACAGAGAGCGGCAUCAUCAACCCUGACAGCGCCCACUUAGACGACAGCUUUGAAGCAUUGGAAAGCAAUGUUUUUGUUAGUUUAAACUUCUCAUCUGAAGUCUUUGAGGCAGUGGAACUACUAUCUUGACCAGCUGGAAGCAUGACUCCUCAAAUACAUUUGGACCGGACCAU